AUGCAAGCUAAGCGAGAUCGCCGAUACUAUGGUGGGCUCAGAGCACCAAGUAAGCAUAUCUUCAGUUUUCUUUGUCGAGCUUGCGUCGUCAUCUUUCUCUUUCUCGGGUCCGUCGCCUUCAUCACCCCAUUUAAGGAAUAUUACCUAGGCAACUACGUGACAGACCCGUUCGACGAAAUCCGCGAUGAGGUUGUAGCUCGAAAACUCAACCAAAUGGGCGUCGUCAUCAGCGGCGCGCACUAUUACGACACGUUUGAUCGCAAAUCGACCCCACUCAUCGACUUGCACAGCAGAAAAGAGCCCAAUCGCUCCACCACUGAGACACUGGGACUGACAGACUUUCUCGAUCGAGCCAACUCUCAAGAGCUGACGAUGGGGACAAAUGUGAACGGAGAAGCUGCCAUUUCAGCUGAAGUGACUCACGCCACUGCCGCGGAAGUGGCCCGACAUCUGCCGAUUGUUAUUGCAAAUCUCAUGUUUCUCUUUCAAUCUAAGGAGAGAGAUUACACUACGCUGGACAAUACUACGACGUACACAUUGGGUCGAAGACGUGAGUCGGAUUCCGACUAUAAAGUUCUACAAGUCCCAGAAACGCUUGAUGACUCGCCGCUCUACUCUAUCGAUGGAUCCAGCUGGUCCAAGACCAAAGCAGACACGUCGUCAGUAAUGACGCUAUCAACCACUCCAUACAAAUAUCUGUAUACACCGGACUGUAAACGACUGGUAACUCAAGCACUAAGUCAGAGUGGGCGCAAUACACAGAAGUAUCAAGCGUAUCUGGGAGACGGCCUUGGUAACUGUGCGUUCCGAGAUUCCCAGAAAACAGAUCAGCAAACACUCUGCCGGUUGUUCAUGACUUCGGAUGAGGUUUCAUUCCGCGAUCUGGAUGGAAAUCCGGUAGAUAUUCCGUCGUGUGCGUCGCUGAUGGACAACUCUACUAGUGAAGAGAACCAGAAUUUACAGCAAGAAAAUCUGCGGCAGAUCGAGUGGUUCAUGAUCGAUACGAAGACGUUAGCUAGAAGAAUCCGCAUCAUCGACAACACCAGUCGACAAAUCCGCACGUUCCUGCUGAUGCUCAACUUCAUUGGGGCGUCUCACUACGCUCUCCAGUACAUCUACAACCUCAAAAGUAUCUGGAUCUUCAUCAGCAAUAGCGUGUUACAGCCAGCCGCAGAGGAGCGAACGCGUCAAGCAACUAUCGACAAUAUCAACCACCAGCCAUCCCCAGUCGUUCGCCUUGGAAUUCUGGAGCUACUGAUGUGUGAUCCCGCGGAUGGAGCACUGGAACACCCACUCACCAUGGUACUAAUGUAUCUUGGCGCUAUUGGAUCGUUAAGUAACAUUUUCAGACCAGAGUGCACCGCCCAGCUGUCUACGAUCGGAGUUGGUAUAGUGAUUCACUGUGUUCCUGCCAUUCCCGUUAGCAACAUGAACCUCGUGUUAACGACACUUAGUAGCAGCUACUGGGUUAUCCGUGUGACGUUGCAGUCCCAGUCUCUGGCCAUGCGUCUGGACCACGUCGUUCGCGACAACUUCAUCCGCUUCUGGCUCACCAACGCAUGCGCAGUGCUCGUCAUCCACUUUACGUGCAAGGGGAUCGCUGAUGUCGUGUUCAAGAAUAUCAAGCUGAGCUCCGAUCCCCAUAUCUACGCCAUUCUCGGAGGACUGGCCUUGUCCUUAGCGAUCUCAUCUGGGUUUAUCCUCGUUCAUAUUGCUGGAACGGACAGAGAAAGGUUUACUACGUUUAUCAAGAAAAAGUCUACCAGAUCGUUAUGGAAAGCGGCACACGACCGAGCUAUGAGCUAUCGCGCGUUCGUCGCUAGAUGGAGCACGAAAGACCUCGACUCGGUGUUAUAUCACUGCGCGUCGCCACAGAUUGCGCGUCAGUUGCAGAUUUCCAGCCUACCAGAGCAACCAGAACAUCGCGCAUGGAAGCAAGGAAGUCGAUCGGAGGACCUCGUGGACAGCCGACCACCGUCCAUUCGCAUCAAUGACUUUGUCGCUGUGCACUGCGCUGGGAAGCACAUUUGCACUUGCAAAGUGUCAAGUGGUAUCUGA